AUGUCUAGGCUAAGCGACGUCGUGGUCCGGCUGUACAUCAACGUGCAGAUGGAACAAGAGGAGAAGUACACGGAGGCCAUCGUGGCCGGUGUCGAGACGCUCCAGAGCAAGCUCCAAACUGAAAUGGCUUCCCGGAUACAGUUCGACCUUCAGCAUUAUGUGAAUUUUUUGUACAGUAGUCCAUUUUUAAUAUGGAAUUCUGGUUAUCUCUUUCUUUUGUACUGA